AUGGCGGUCUCAACAUCAUCUUGGAAAGAACUCAGGAGUGUUCUUGAUUCCGACAAGAAACUGCUGAAAAAACCCAACCUGCCUCUGAUGGCGAAUCAGCUCAACUCGCUUAGUCUUCGUAUGCAAGAUGAAGAACUGCCUCGACAUGCUGCAGUUUGCCAUGUUGAACAGGCUCAUCUCUACCAAAAGAUGGGAAAUCCCAACGAGGAAAGGAAACAGUAUGCAACGGCUGCCGGUUUGCUCAAUAGUACUAUCCGUUCAGAUAUGAUGAACAGGAGCAGAGUUUAUAGCAGUUCGCCCAGUGAGAUGGCCGAUGCUUACUCCAAGUCAAUCAAAAUUGCCAUGGAUAUGAAAGCAUUUCGGAUAGCAGGUAUGAUUCAAGCAUUUUUCAUCUCUUCAUUCAUUUAUUUUUUCCUUCUUAUAUUAGCAUUCUCACUGAUAAUGUGACU